AUUUCCAAAUAUAGUAUCAGACUGUUCAUAUAUAUUUUGACGUCAUUUGACUCAUUCAGGCAGAAAACAUUUAGUCAGAAGGCCCUUUGAUACCAUCUCGGACCACACAAGAUGAGGGAGUACAAGCUAGUUGUACUUGGCAGCGGUGGUGUGGGCAAAAGUGCUCUGACUGUUCAAUUUGUACAAAAUAUUUUUGUGGAAAAAUAUGAUCCAACAAUUGAAGACAGUUACAGAAAACAAGUAGAAGUUGAUGGACAGCAAUGUAUGCUUGAAAUCCUUGAUACAGCUGGAACUGAACAAUUCACGGCUAUGAGAGAUUUGUAUAUGAAGAAUGGACAAGGUUUUCUUCUGGUGUAUUCCAUCACAGCACAGUCAACAUUUAAUGACUUAGCAGAUCUGAGAGAACAAAUCCUUCGGGUCAAAGACACAGACGAUGUGCCUAUUAUUAUUGUGGGGAACAAAUGUGAUUUGGAAGACGAGCGAGUCGUGGGAAAAGAUCAGGGUAUAAACUUGGCAAGAAACUGGUCUUCAGAGUUUCUAGAAACAUCAGCUAAGGCAAAAGUGAAUGUGAACGAGAUAUUUUAUAAUUUAGUCAGGACGAUAAACAAAAAGAAUCCAGAAAUAAAAGGCAAAAAUAAAACCGGGAAGAAAAAUGGGUGCUGCAUUCUGUAGAAGAUCGUCAUUUAAUCGCAUGCAUAUUACAUGGUGUAUAGAAAAAUAUCCAUAGGAGAUGUUGACCACUCGUCAUGGUGCCGAGAAUAAAUCUUAAAUUCAUCGACUCAAAUAUGUGACAAGAAAUAUUUUCUUGCUUCCAGGUAUAAUUUCUGAAUGUCACCUAGCUGUGUAAAUUUACGGGGCCAUACUGGACUAAUGAGUUAUAACUUACACGGAUACAUGUCCUGAGUACCAACGUCAGUGAAUGGAGACCAUGUCACUUGCAACUUUAAUAUAUAACAUGAUAUACAUUAAAAUCUGUAAUAAGGUUAUCUGGCUUGCUUGAAAACAGUUCUGAGGAACUUUGCAGGAAGCCAGUACAUUGGUAAAGAUUUUGUGUUUGAUGACUGAAGAUUACAUGUCUGAUGACCCAUUACUAGGUGUGGAUUGGGGAUGUGACUUGAUUGCAGUGAAUUGAGAGCAGACUUGGUGCACAGAAAGUUUCGUGGAUCUGUAAUUUUUGCUUUAUAUAUUUUUAUAGGCAUGGUAAACAUUUAGCUGAUUGUUAUAAUCAUUUUACACAGUAUGCAUAACACAUGUGAAAUUUAUGCAAAUCAGAAAGUGAACCAUAUGUGAUGGUCACUUGGUUUGUACAGCAGUGUGUUUGUAUAAUCAGCUUUUAUCUAAAUAUUCAUAUGCAAUGAGUUAAACUGGAAAGGCCAGAUAUAUUUCCUGUGUACAAAACUGAAAAGAUUGCUGGAAUGUAAUUUGAUCAAAUUAAGCAGAUAGAUGAAUUAAACAAGAACUACUUGUAAUAUUCAGUUUUGCUUGCAUGAAAAAACUGGAUUCACAGAAAUGCUUCAAGACCAACAUUAAUUUGUGUACAUUAUAAAGCAGUUUUUGAUGUUUCUUGAAGUCACAAAGUGGUAACAGCAUUCCAGCAAGACCUUCUUAAUAAGGACCUUGAUGAUAUUUCUUUCUCUCUAGUAUUAUUGGAUGAUAUUUCUUUCUCUCUAGUAUUAUUGGAAAUCAAGGAGAGGUAUUAUUUGGAUAAACUUACAUGGAUAUUGAUAUAUUAUAACAUUCAGUGUACUUGAAUGAGAGGAAGGUUGAAUAAUUUCAAACACAUAUGCGGUGCAAGUCUGAUUAAAGAGAAGGGCACAUUAGCUGCACUAAAUCUGUAACAUCGUUCAAUAAUGAUGUCACCAUACUAUACUGUGAAGACUUGAGAAACAUUUUUCUGACGGUGUAUUUUAAAUAAUUUGAGGAUUGAGAGAUAUAGAAAUCAUUGUAAUAACAAGGUAGAAAUUCUCUUAAUACUGUGUGAUAACAACUUACCUGGAGUGUGGGAGACCAAUUUGAGUGAUGUCAAGUUUACUUGCUGGUUGAGAUUUGAAAUAUACAAGUUCUGCAUUCAGUACUAUUCUACCUAAUGAUCUAUGCAGUAUGCAGUGUGAUUUUCUUGUAAACCAUGGGCAAAUAUAAGUUAUGUCUGAUGUGAUGCCAGAUUUCAAAUAUAUUUAUAUAAUGCCGGAAUGAAGAAUGUUAAUUAGAAAAAUAAACUCUAAAAAGUUUAUUAAGGAGGGAAUUAAUGACAACUUGUAUUUCUGCCUGGCUUUACCUUUGUGCUUACAACACCUUUCUCGUUCAAUUCCACUUCAUUUUCAAUUUUUUGUGUAUUAUUUGAAUGUGUUAAAAUUUCAAAUAACUUUUUAUGUUUGUAACAUGGAAAUGAAUGUAUUUUCACUGCCAGAAAUGCACUGCUGCUGUCUUGUAUCAGAUAACAUCAUAACAGGCCAUGGUAGUUGUAGACCUCAUUCUUGGUAGAUAGAUAGUAGGGUAAAUUGUGAUAGUCUUUUGUUGGAUGUAGUCGUUUAUGUUACCAUCACUUUGUCAGUAUGUAGCGAUCAUUUCUAUUCUGAAAGUUGUAAUACAUUUUCAUGACACAUCAAGUUCCUGAGUAAGGUCGAUGAUAAGAAACUGAUUUAAUGAAAAGCAAAAAAAAGUUAAUGUAAAAGUUAAUAAGAUUAAUUAUUGGAAGAAAAUUGUGCAAAUUCUCAAGAAAUGCUUUCCUGUAAUUUGACAAAGUUUCAAGGAUAAAGUGAAAUAUUAAGGAUAAAUUUCCUUCAUUACCAGACUAAAGCGCCAGAUCUUGCCUUUGAUAUACAAGAUGUUGGCAAGUGAUUUUGAUUAUGACCUGAUUUUCAGGAUUAUCCUUUAAUCCUCAUAACCUAUAUUUUUUACAGAGAUUCUUCUUGUGUGGCAUUUGUAAAUAAACUUCAUAGAUUUAUUUAAUCCUUUGACAUAUGUUUCUUUUUUUUCGUAUAUGUAGGUACUCUUUUUGUGAUAAUAGUCUUUAAUCUGGCUUUUUUUCCUCUUUGUAUGUUGCACUUAAUCCCUUUGACAGAUUCAUUUUGUAGAAUUGUACAUUGCCACUGUUGUUUUGAAUCUGGUUUAGUGCAUUUCUUGUUAAUAUUGAAGAUAUAUGUCAGACUGUAAGCUUUAUAUUCAAUGAGAUGUUGAUUCAGUUACCCAUCAGUUGGACAAAGAAAGUUACAAAGACAUGUACAUUUUGUUUUGAAGAGAGCUGUGGCAAUAGAUUUCAGAACAAGGAAAACCUUUUUUUUUUAAAAAGUAGACUUUAAAAAGUAAAUUUAUAUGUUUUGUGUAAGAUUUUCAUUUAGAUAUAUUGCUGGGUUUACACCAACUUCAGAUAUUAUGUUUUGACACACCCUGUUGUUACCUGCUGAGCACUACGAUCCUUGUAUUAAACUUUGGGUGCUCUCGCAAUAUCAUAGAACUGAUUCAUUAGCUGUAAGCUUCAACAUACACAACUGUUCGAACUGUACCAAUUUUAAAUUUUUAAUUAAUAAUAAAUAUGUACACAA